AUGUGGUCAGCGCUGCUGGAGCUGGUGUCGGGGGGCUCUGCGGGACGGGGGUCAUUGUUUCUGGGAGCCCGUUUGGUGUCACAAAGCCAACUGCUGCUGCCGGGCGGGACUUCUUUCCAGGACACUCAGUCUGAUUUGGAGGUGAUCUUAGAGUUCCUGGAAGAGUACUACAGACAAAACUCUGCAGAAAAUGGGAGGAAGGUGCGCCUCUUCCACUUUCUCUUCGAGAUGCUGGAGGACCCCAGCAUGGCGCACUGCGUGUCCUGGGUGCCGGCGGCCGCGGGGGUCUUCCGCUUCUCCUCCAGGAACAAGGACCAGGUGGCGGCACUGUGGGGCCUGAGGAAGGGCAACAAAAGGCCCAUGACGUACCAGAAGAUGUCCCGGGCCCUGAGGAACUACGCCCGGUCCGGGGAGAUCUUCAAGGUGAAGAAGAAGCUGACCUACCAGUUCAGCAGAGACACCCUGGUGUCACUGCAGAGGCACCAACACACCCAAGACUGACACACACCCUCACACUGACUGCAUUUACCCUGUGCUUCUUUCCUUUUAGUGCAUUUUUUUGGUCUGUUUUUUCCUCUCCUUGCAGUAUUUCAUCAUGUAAUGUAACAUGCAGCAAUUUACUGUAUAAAGUUUCAGAGGGAACAAAUGAAAGGAAUAUCUCGGCAAAUCACACAUAAA